GUCAAGGGUCUCUUGGCCGUACCUUUCGUCCUCUACUCCCAACCAACUGGUGUCUUUGGAGAUGGACCCAGCGUCACCCAGAUGGCCGAGGAGGCUCACCGCCGCUAUGCCGAGAUUAUGCGUGAUGUCGAGCUCAUGAUUGACGACCACAUCGCUCGCCAGAGCGGUGACAACAACUUGCCCUCUAAGCUGAGGAUGCUGGUGCCUACCGCAGGCCCCUUCUUCACCAGACUCCCCCUCGAGGCCGCCUUCAAGUACCAGGACAGAAAACGAUACAUCUCGUCGAGGAGAUUCGUUGCCCCGUCGUUUAACGAUGUUCGACAAAUUCUCAACUCGGCACAGACCAUGGCCGUUACCAACGGAGCGCUGCAGCUAGCUACCUUUGAUGGUGAUGUGACGUUGUAUGAUGAUGGAGAGAGUCUGCUCCCCACGAGCCCCGUUAUCCCCCGCCUCCUUGACCUCCUCCAAAAGAACAUUAAAAUUGGCAUCGUCACAGCCGCCGGCUACACCACGGCUGACCGCUACUAUGAGCGCCUCCACGGCCUGCUGGACGCCAUCGCAGAUUCCCCGGAUCUGGACGCCAUCCAGAAGCAAAACAUUGUCAUCAUGGGCGGCGAGUCGAACUACCUGUUUGAGUUCUGUGCUUCGUCGCCUCACCGACUAGCGCCCGUCCCCCGCAACAACUGGUUGACACCGGAGAUGGCGUCCUGGUCUGAGCAGGACAUCGAGAAUCUGCUCGACGUAGCCGAGUCCGCCCUUCGUGACUGCAUCAAAACCAUGAACCUCCCUGCCCUGAUCGUUCGCAAGGACCGCGCCGUUGGCAUUAUCCCGAAGUCACCCGAUGUGCGCAUCGCCCGCGAGAGCCUCGAGGAGACUGUCCUCGUGGCCCAACGCAUCUUGGAGCUGAGCCACCUAGGCUCCUCCCACGACCGCCCCGCCAGCAGGUCACCGCCUUCUGUACCGACCCGCUGCGUGCCGUUCUGCGCCUUCAAUGGUGGCCGCGAUGUCUUCGUCGACAUUGGUGAUAAAAGCUGGGGCGUGACAGUCUGUCAGCAGUGGUUCGGCAGCAAGAGCGGCAACGGCACGAUCCGCGGCGAGAACACUUUACACGUGGGCGACCAGUUCCUUAGUGCCGGAUCCAACGACUUCAAGGCGCGCAGCGUGGGGACGACGGCGUGGAUUGCGAGCCCUGCCGAGACGGUUGACCUGUUGGAUGAGCUGGCGGACUUGAUGCAAAAGAGACUUUCUUGA